GAAGGACUUGAGUAAACACCAUGACUCGAUCAACCGGAACAGAAUGCUAUCCACAGCAGGUUGUUUCAUCCUGAUUCAUCCAUCCAGCUGGCUGAUUUGAAAAAUAUCGCUUAGCAUCGACCAUACAAAAGAACAUCCCCAUGUAUGAUAUGAUGCUCCAGUCUGUCAAAAACAAGAAAGGCGACCAUUUUGCGGCAAGCGGCAACAACGACCGCAUCUGGAACUCGUUCAUCGACUACUAUUCCAACCCGUGGCUCCGGAUCGUCAGCGCAGGCUGGCUAGGUCCGGCCUACCGGGUCACAGCCCAAGUGAACAUCGUCAACCCAGCUGGUUCCCAUUGUGGAGCGAUGGGGUGCGGAGAGGGCCGUUCGGGAGUUGGAGCAGUUAUGAGCGGACUCGAUGCGGUUUAAAAUAGACUAUAC